AUGGUAGUGACCCCAAACCUGGCACACGUCACGGCGCCUGCGCCGCUCUUCGCCCCGCCCCCGACCAGACGGCGAGGGGUGGGGCGGCGACGGAGUGAACUAGGCGGACCGUGCUGCACCCUUCCGCGACGCCGGAACUUUCGGGGGUCCACUGCUGCGGGAAGCCGGGGAACGGCAGGACCGCAGACGCGCGUCACUGAGUCUUCCGUCCCGGUCACCAACUCCGUGGCAGCACUCUCUAGGAGCGGCGUGAGGCGUGCGCAGGCUCCUCCGUCCGCUAGCCCCUCUGUCUUCACACCGUCCGCACGCGCUCCUUUGGGGAGCGCGUUCUCCAGCGUCCUGGCUGCCAGGGCCGUGGGCGUCCGGGCGGUGGCCUGGCUGCUUCUCUGGGAGGUGGCUGGAUUCACUAGCAUACCAGCCACGGCCUUCUCUGCCCUUCCCACCGACACUGGCAUAAGGGCCACUUGUUCUGAAAUUAUUUUGAGGCAAGAAGUUUUGAAAGAUGGUUUCCAUAGAGACCUCUUAAUAAAAGUGAAAUUUGGAGAAAGCCUUGAGGACUUACAGACCUGCCGACUCUUAAUUAAACAGUACAUUCCAUCAGGACUUUUUGUGGAUCCAUAUGAGUUGGCUUCAUUACGAGAGAGAAACAUAACAGAGGCAGUGAUGGUUUCAGAAAAUUUUAAUAUAGAAGCUCCCAAUUAUUUGUCCAAGGAAUCUGAAGUUCUAAUUUAUGCCAGACAAGAUUCACAAUGCAUCGAUUGUUUCCAAGCUUUUUUGCCUGUGCACUACCGCUAUCAUCGGCCACAUAGUAAAGAUGGAGAAACCGUUAUUGUGGUCAAUAACCCUGAUUUACUAAUGUAUUGUGACCAAGAGUUUCCAAUUUUGAAAUGCUGGGCUCAGUCAGAAGUGGCCGCUCCUUGUGCUUUGAAGAGUAAGGAUUUCUGCCAAUGGAACAAUAUGAAAUAUAAACCAGUAUAUAAGAAUGUGACUCUACAGGUUCCAGUGGGACUGACUAUACAUACCUCUUUAGUAUGUUCUGUGACUCUGCUCAUUACCAUCCUGUGUUCUACUUUGAUCCUUGUGGCUGUUUUCAAAUAUGGCCAUUUCUCCCUAUAAGUUUUACCGAGUUAAGUGCUUUCCAUAAACCUAAAUAAGACCUAUUUACUUGUGACUAGAAGUGUUCUUCUAGAAUUAUGUCAUUAUUUUUGUCUUCAUUUAUGACUAAAAUUAUGUCUACUAGAGGAAAUUUUGGAUCAUUUUCAACUAAUUCCAAAAUUUAGUGCUCUGUUGUAUAGACCUUUGAUAAUCUUCAAGCUAGUGCCAAUAGAGGAAACUUAGUUUCGUUAAAUUAAUAUUUAUUUUGUGAGAAGUGAUUUUAUCUUCAUUUCUUUUACAAAAAUGGGUACUUUAUCUAUUAGAGACAAAUUAUUCUCAUUGUGAAUAGAAACAUUUAAAUUUCAGCUAAAAAUUGAGAAAAUCAUUAUAAAUAAGAAUAAAAUAUUUUGGAUGAAUCAGUUUAUUUAAACGUCAAUUUUAUGAGAAUAUUAAAGUUACUUAUCCAGAGUUUAAAGAAAAUAAAGUAGGAGAGCUAAGAAAUUAUUAAUAUCAAAAUUGAUUAUUCCUUAAAGCAUUUCCACACUUCUUUUAUAUUUUAUUAUACUCUUCUGAGUAUAUGAAUUUACAAAGGGCUUAAUGAAACUACGUACUAACAUUUAGUGCUGAAUUUGUCAAGAAGACAAUUCAGAUUGUCAUUUUAAAGAGUACAUUUUAUUAAGUUGUACAUGUACAAAAAAUCUUUUUUGCAUCUUCAGUGAUUUUUUUUUAAACAAAAGCUCUUGAUGUACUGUUUUUCUUGGGAAAAAAAGUAGAAAAUAAAGUAAGUGCCAUAAGCUAGUUAAAAAAUAAAAAGGCAAGCAUGUUCUUCUCUUUAUUUAGGGCAGUGCAUUUAGGACAAGCAUAUUCCGAAACAGAAGCCAAUAAACCAGGGUAUGUUGGCAAUGUUUGUUUUAUAUAGAGUAAUGGAAUGAUAAACAUUUAUAUAUAUCACUGCUUAAUUUCCUAAAACAUUCUGGUGUUUUUAUAGGAAUAAAUCUUUUGUAUUUUGACAUGUA